AUGAAAACAGUAUUUGCUGUGACAACAGUCGGUAGUACUUGUGCUAUUCUAUUGUCGCUAACUGCCGUUGUACUUAUUUUCCACGACAUUAAUGACUUAUACACUAAUGUAAUGGUGGAGAUGGAAGAAUUUAGAACAACAGCAGAGGACACAUGGCGUGAAAUUACGUAUCUGAACGAAAAUCCAUACAGUGCUAUGAAGACAGCAACUUUCACGCUAGGCUCUGUAUUUCGAGCUAAAAGACAGAAUAACCAGUGCAAUUGCGGGCCUUCACCGCAGAGAUGUCCAGAAGGACCACCAGGACCACCCGGUAAACCGGGCGAGAAGGGUGCGGAUGGAUUGCCGGGACUAGACGGUAUGCCUGGACUGCCAGGAGUUGCUUUGCUAGCAACCUUCGACAUUCCAGGAGGUUGCAUCGAAUGUCCACCCGGCAAAGCGGGAUCACCCGGACCAGAAGGUCCAACGGGGCCACCUGGACCGAAAGGUCCUCCUGGUGUGCCAGGAAAAGAUGGCAAAGCAGGUCCAAAAGGUCUACCGGGGCCAGAAGGUGAUGUUGGCCAGAUUGGACCUGACGGCCCACAAGGAAAUCCAGGUCGAGAUGGCAAGGACGGCAAACGUGGGACUGGACCACAAGGCAAGAAGGGACCAACUGGGCAACGCGGACCAGAAGGUCCUAAAGGCGAUGACGGUAGGGAUGGAGAAACUGGACCACAAGGUGAAUCGGGACCAGAUGGUAGACCUGGUGCCAGCGGACGUGAUGGGAAAGAUGGGAAAUCAGGCAAGCCUGGUAUUGCUGGAAUGCCCGGGAAAGACGCAAUGUACUGCCCGUGUCCACCUCGGAGAACCAGCAGCUUAAGAAGACAUGAUGUCGAACCACAGAGAGAUGAGGAACCGCAGGGUGGUCAUAGGCAGAUGAAAAAAGUGCAAAAAAAACAGUGA